AAAUUUUCUCUUCUUUGCCCGGCUUCCCCGUGUACUUUCUCCAGCUUCACUUUCUGCCCUCCUCAAUCUCCCAUCUUCUCUUCAUCCUAUUCUUAAUUGUCUUUUGGCUUUGAUCACAGUCUGGGGUACGGGGUUUGUUUUUGUUUCGUCAAUUGCCCUCGUCCUUGUAUCAUAUUUUCUUCCUUUCCUUUCUCACCCCACGGUGUCUUCUUAUUUUAUUUUACUUUUUUCUCCGUUGGAUUCUCCGGACAAAGCUGUCGUGAGGCAGCUCUUCUCCACUUUGUCGUCUUUUUAAUCCUUCCUUUAUAACUUUCACUUCCGAUAUAAUGGCGCAAACCAAUGGGGAUUUGGAGCACUCGAAAGAGACUCCUCAAGAACAGGUUGCGAAUGGAACUCACCCCGAGGGUGAGCUCGAAGAGGAAGCCAAUGGAGGUCUCUUCCAGAUCACCGUCAAGCUUCCUCACGAGCCUAAAAAGAUCCAAGUGAUGGUGUCGAGUCAAGAGCAAGUCCAGGAUGUUCGCCAAUCUAUUGUCGAGCUUCCCGGUACCUUCCAAUACACUUGCUUCCACUUGGAGUUCAAUGGUAGCCGCAUCAAUGACUUCGUUGAGCUGUCCGAGGUUCCAGACUUGAAGGCAGACUCGGAAAUUGUUCUCGUCGAGGACCCUUACACCGAGAAGGAGGCCCGCAUGCAUGUGGUCCGAAUGAGGGAGUUGCUCGGUGCCGCCGGCGACCGAGUUGACAACCUCUACGGUAUCAGCUCAGGCUUGUCCCUGCACGAUGCCCUCGCUGCGGAAGCCGCUGCUGGUGAGGGUGGCUCGGACAAGGAGCACUCGCUGUCGAAAUAUGAGAUUGCUGGCUCCUCAUCUCUGCAGACCAUCCUUCCCAAAGCAGAGGCUCCUCUUCCUAAGACCGUCAAGUCUAUCUCGUUAUCCCCAUGGAACCCCGCUCCCUACCACCUCCGACAGAAGGGUCACUUGCUGUACCUCCAAGUCACUACCAACGAAGGCGAGCACUUCCAGAUCACCUCGCACGUCUCCGGUUUCUACGUGAACAAGUGCUCGAAUAUGAAGUUCGACCCGUUCCCGAAGACCAUUCCCAAGUGUGGUAGCGCUCACUCGCUGCUCACCUUGAUCUCCAAAUUGUCGCCCUCCUUCAACUCCGCAUUCGAAGCCCUGCAGGAGUCCAACAACCAGAAAGACCUUCUGACCACCUUCCCCUUCCAGAACGCCAUUCCUAACAGCCCGUGGCUGGUCUCCCCUCCUUCCACCAACGUCAAUGCCCAUCAGCCCGACAUCACCCGUUCUCAGGAGAACUACCUGAUCUCUGGCGUUGACAAUGCGGAGACCCUGCGCGAUUGGAACGAGGAAUUCCAGACUACCCGCGAGCUGCCUCGCGAAACUGUUCAGGACCGUGUUUUCAGAGAGCGCUUGACCAAUAAGCUGUUUGCUGAUUACAACGAGGCUGCUGCCCGUGGUGCCGUCUUGGUCGCACGCGGUGAGGUCGCACCUCUGAACCCCACGGAGGACCGUGACGCUCAGAUCUUCGUGUACAACAACAUCUUCUACUCCUUCGGUGCCGAUGGAGUCGGUACUUUCACUACCGAGGGUGGCGAUGAGGCCGCUCGCGUGGCCGUCGGCAAGGACGUUCUGGGAAUUAAGGCUGUGAACCAGCUGGAUAUCAACGGCCUGUUUACUCCCGGAACUGUUGUCGUCGACUACCUCGGCAAGCGUAUCGUUGGCCAGAGUAUCGUGCCCGGCAUCUUCAAGCAGCGUGAGCCCGGUGAGCACCAAAUCGACUACGGUGGUGUUGAAGGCAAGGAGGUGGUCGCAACCCACCCCGAUUUCGCUCCCGUUUUCGAGAAGCUUUCCAAGGCCCUUCGCAUCAAGAGCCACCCUGUCUGGGACAAGGAUGGCAAGCGUCAUGACCUCGAAGGUAGCGUUGAGACAAAGGGUCUGCUGGGUACCGAUGGCCGUAAGUACGUUCUGGACCUGUACCGCGUGACUCCUCUCGAUGUUAUGUGGCAGGAGGAAGAAGGUAGCGAUGUCUACCCUCACCGUAUGUCGAUCUUGAGACUGGAGCUUGUCGAGGCCUACUGGAGACACAAGAUGAGCCAGUAUGUCAAGACUGAGGUCGAGAGCCGCCGCGCCGCCAAGGCUGAGAAAGAGGCCGCUCAGGAGAAGACUGGCGAUGCCGAAUCGAAGGAGGAGGGCUCCGAAGAGAAGAAAGAAGAGGCCCAGGAUCAGGAGCGUGUUGACAUCUCCGGAUUCCAGCUUUCCCUCAACCCCGAUGUCUGCAGUGGCCAGGUUCCCCAGACCGAUGAGGAGAAGGCACAGUGGGCCAGUGACGAGAAGGAAGUCCGUGAGACUUGUGACUUCUUGCGGUCCAAGGUUAUGCCUGAACUGAUUCAGGACCUCCAUGAUGGAGAUGUUGGCUUCCCUAUGGACGGCCAGUCUCUGAGCCAACUCCUGCACAAGCGCGGUAUCAACAUCCGUUACCUUGGUAAGCUGGCUCACCUGUCGAAGGAGAAGGGUGCUCGCCUUGCCGCACUGUCGACCAUCGUGGUCCAGGAGAUGAUUGCUCGUUCCUUCAAGCACAUUGCCAACCAGUACCUCCGCAACGUGCCUGCACCUUUUGUUUCGUCUGCUGUGUCUCACUUGCUGAACUGCUUGCUGGGUACCGAUGUCAACUCGAGCCCCCGCGCAGAGAUUGAUGCUUCUUUGCGGAAGAUCUACCCCGAGGGCGACUUCUCUUUCGAGAAGGUCACCCCUGCUACUCUCAGGGCCGAGAUCGAGAAGCAGGUCACCAUCAGAUACCGCUUCACUUUGGAGUCCGAAUGGUUCAACUCCCUGAGACAUCUGCAGCUCCUCCGUGACAUCUCUAUCAAGCUUGGUCUUCAGUUGGGUGCCCGUGACUUUGCCUUCACCAAGGAUCAGCUGCCCGCCAAGCCGCCAACUCCUGUGGCCAACGGCUCCGGCAACGAGGAUGGAAAGAAGAAGGGCAACAAGAAGAAGGGUGGUGACAAGUCUCCAACCCGCGCUGCAGCUGAAGAGAAACCCAGCGUUUCUUUUGUUCCCGAUGACAUCCUCAACAUUGUGCCUCUCGUCAAGGAUGCUUCGCCCAGAAGCUCCCUUGCCGAGGAGGCCUUGGAAGCCGGACGGAUCUCCCUCAUGCAGAACCAGAAGCAGCUUGGUCAGGAACUCAUCCUCGAGUCUUUGUCUCUGCACGAGCAGAUCUAUGGUAUCCUGCACCCCGAGGUUGCCAAGCUCUACCACCAAUUGUCCAUGCUUUACUACCAGACCGACGAGAAGGAAGCCGCCGUGGAGCUGGCCCGUAAGGCUGUCAUUGUCACUGAGCGCACUCUGGGUGUCGACUCGGCCGACACCAUUCUGAGCUACCUUAACCUCAGUCUUUUCGAGCACGCCUCCGGCAACACCAAGACUGCUCUGGCCUACGUGAAACACGCGAUGGAUCUGUGGAAGGUCAUCUAUGGAUCUAACCACCCCGAUUCCAUCACCACCAUGAACAACGCCGCCGUGAUGCUGCAGCACCUCAAGCAAUACUCCGACUCCCGGAAGUGGUUUGAGGCUUCUCUCGUCAUUUGCCAGGACCUCUUUGGCGAGCAGUCCAUCAACACUGCGACCAUCCUGUUCCAGCUCGCGCAGGCACUUGCUCUGGACCAGGACUCCAAGGCUGCCGUUGGCAAGAUGCGUGAGGCUUACAACAUCUUCCUCAGCCAGCUGGGACCCAACGACCGUAACACCAAGGAAGCCGAAACCUGGCUUGAACAGCUCACCCAGAACGCUGUCUCCAUUGCGAAGCACGCCAAGGACAUCCAGGCUCGCCGCCUGCGCCGUGUCAACAUGAACCCUCGCGUGUCGUCCAUUGGUACCAAGGUCCAACCCUCGGUCGGACAGGCUGUACCUGAGGCUUCUAGCGCCAAGGCGGGCUCCUCUCUGGACUCGCGAAACAUCGAUGAACUGCUGAAGUUCAUCGAGGGCACUGACGCCAGCUCUUCGCGAACGAAGCAGAAGAAGCGCGCCGCGGCAAGCAACCCCAAACUCCGGGGCUCGAAGAAGUCUUCCGCCUAAGGGCUGAUUAAUGUUUGAUGAUAUUCUUCUUUUAAAAAAUGAUUUGGUGGUGCUUUUCUUGGGUUCACUUUGUCUUAACAGUAAAAUACUAUAUUCAGUCACGAUUUAUUCUGGGGAUCGGUAUGACCGGUGGGUGAGCGGGUCAUCUGUACUGUACACAUCUCUCUACUCCUUAGCCAUUUGGCGCUUUUGACUCUUUAUGUUGGCAUUUAUUGUUUAUGGUGGGCAGUGCAUAGCAAGGUCGGGUGAUUUUUAUUCGGAACUUAGGUAUGCUCGGUGUACUAUAUAUGACUGGCGGA